AAACGCGGCCUAAAGACAACUAAAACCUUUCUACGCCGCUUCGCACCGCGGUGCCACCACCCCAACCGCCGGAGGCUGCUCCAAUAAAAUGAACUCAAUGGCGGAAAGCAAGAGCAAGAUACUGAUAAUAGGAGUAACAGGCAACCUAGGGUUCGAACUUGCUAAAGCCAGCCUAAACGCGUCGCAUCGAACUCUCGGGCUCGUAAGAGAAUCCGCAUUUUCCGAUUCGAACAAACUCCAGAAACUUCAAUUCCUCUCAAAUGCAGGCCUCGAUAUUUGUAAGGGUUCAUUGCAAGAUGAAGAGAGCUUAGUCAAAUACCUCAAGCAUGUUGAUGUUGUGAUCUGUGCCGUUUCAGCAAAGCAAGUCCUUGAUCAAAAGCUCCUGGUUCCGGCUAUCAAACGCGCCGGUUGCAUCAAGAGGUUCUUUCCCUCAGAAUUUGGAUUGGAUCCUGACAAAACUCGAAUUUCCCACUUGGAUCACGACUUCUAUUUGAGGAAAUCUGAGAUCAGGCGUCUUGUUGAAGCUGAAGGCAUCCCAUACACUUACAUCUGCUGCAACUUCUACACGAGUUACUUGCUCCCAUCCCUUGUCCAGCCAGGCCUUCAAGCCCCCCCAAGAGACAAAGUCUGCAUAUUUGGAGAUGGAAAUGUUAAAGGUGUCUUUGUGAAGGAAAGUGAUGUUGCUGCAUUCACUAUUAGCACAGUGGAUGAUCCGCGUACAUUGAACAAAGUGCUAUAUUUGAGGCCACCUGGCAACACGCUUUCCAUGAACGAACUCAUUGAUAUUUGGGAGAAAAAAAUUGGAAAAAGUCUCGAGAGAAACUACAUCUCAGAAGAAGAGCUGCUUAAGAGAAUCCAUGAAACUCCAUUUCCAGACAACAUGCAGAUGGUCUUUAUAUACUCCGGUUUUGUAAAGGGGGAUCAAACAUACUUCGACAUAGAAUCAUCCAACGGUGUGGAAGGAACACAGCUCUAUCCAUAUAUCAAAUACACCACGAUUAGCGAGUACUUGGACACCCUAUUAUAAGGUUGUAUUUUGACUUUGAUGGAGGAAUGUUGUUUUCACCCCCUCAACUUCUUGCAACAGUAAUUAAUGUUCUUCAUUAACUUAGAUGAGGCAUGAACGGCAUAUGCUGCUGCAGAAACUGAUUGUAGCUUUAUCUAAAGUUGAUUUUGGUCCUUUUCUUACACCAAAAUGGCAGUAUUCUCAAAGACUCUGGUAUGGAUAUGACAAUGGAUGAUGAAUAAAUGAAUGAUGAAUUAUAGUGAUGUGAUUGUUUA